GGUCCAGGAGCAGCGGACGCGCGAUGCCCAAGUGGAAUGUCCGGCGGAGGCCUGGCCGCAUUCUUGGACUGCUGCUGCUGGUGAUCUCGAGCAUACUGGUGCUCCGCAGGGUGAACUGGCACAGGCUGACCCCUUUGUGGCUGAGGCAUUGGCGCUUGGGGCUGCCCGCCAAAGGGCAGAACUUCAUGCUGGAGGACUCGGCUUUCUGGAUCUUCGGGGGCUCUGUGCACUACUUCCGGGUGCCCCGGGAGUACUGGAGGGACCGGCUGCUGAAGAUGAAGGCCUGUGGCCUGAACACCCUGACCACCUACGUUUCGUGGAACCUCCAUGAGCCGGAAAGAGGCAAAUUCGACUUCUCUGGGAACCUGGACCUGGAGGCCUUCGUCCUGUUGGCCGCGGAGGUGGGGCUAUGGGUAAUCCUGCAUCCGGGCCCCUCCAUCUGCAGUGAGAUGGACCUCGGGGGCCUGGCCAGCUGGUUACUCCAAGACCCCGACAUGAGGCUGAGAACAACUUACAAGGGCUUCACCGAAGCAGUGGACCUUUAUUUUGACCACCUGAUGGUCAGGGUGGUGCCACUCCAGUACAAGCACGGAGGACCCAUCAUUGCUGUGCAGGUGGAGAAUGAGUAUGGUUCCUACAACAAAGACCCUGCCUACAUGCCUUAUGUCAAGAAGGCCCUGGAGGACCGGGGAAUCGUGGAGCUGCUCUUGACCUCAGACAACAAGGACGGCCUGAGCAGGGGGAUUAUGGACGGAGUGCUAGUCACCAUCAACUUACAGUCACAAAACGAGCUGCAGUUUUUAACCACCUUUCUGCUGAGUGUCCAGGGCGUCCAGCCCAGGAUGGUGAUGGAGUGUUGGACGGGCUGGUGUGACUCGUGGGGCAGUCCCCACAGCAUCCUGGAUUCUGCAGAGGGUUUGAAAACCGUGUCGGCCAUCAUCAACGCUGGCUCAUCCGCCAACCUGUCCAUGUUCCACGGUGGCACCAACUUCGGCUUCAUCGGUGGAGCCGUGCACUUCCAGGACUAUAAGUCCGAUGUCACCAGCUACGACUAUGAUGCGGUGCUGACGGAGGCCGGGGAUUACACGGCCAAGUACACAGGGCUCCGGGAGUUCUUCGGCUCUGUCUCAGGGCCCCCGCUUCCUGCCCCACCUGACCUUCUUCCCAAGACGGCAUGUGAGCCAGUGAUGCCAGCUUUAUACCUGUCCCUGUGGGACGCCCUGCCCUACCUGGAGGAGCCGGUCACCUCGGAGAAGCCGGUCAACAUGGAGAACCUCCCGAUAAAUGGGGGAAACGGGCAGUCUUUUGGGUACACGCUGUAUGAGACCACCAUCACCUCUGCUGGCAUCCUCAGUGCCUAUGUGUGGGACCAGGGACAGGUGUUUGUGAACACGGUCUCCAUAGGGUUCCUGGACUAUAAGAGGGAGAAGGUUGUCAUCCCCUCGAUCCAGGGGUUCACGAUGCUGAGGAUCUUGGUGGAGCAUCGCGGGCGAGUCAACUACGGGACUAAUAUUGACGAUCAGCGCAAAGGUUUAAUCGGAAAUAUCUAUCUGAAUGAUUCUCCCCUGAAAAAGUUCAAAAUCUACAGCCUGGAUAUGAAGAAGAGCUUCUUUCAGAGGUUCCACGCAGACAAGUGGAACCCUGUCCCUGACGUGCCCGUGUUCCCUGCUUUCUUCUUGGGGCCGCUGGUGGCCUCCCUCUCCCCCUGUGACACCUUUGUGAAGCUGGAGGGCUGGGAGAAGGGGGUUGUAUUCAUCGACGGCCAAAACCUUGGACGCUCCUGGAACAUCGGGCCCCAGGAGACCCUCUACCUCCCAGGUGCCUGGUUGGACCAAGGCCUCAACCAGGUCAUUGUCUUCGAGGAGAAGAGGGCAGGUCCGGUGAUACAGUUCACGGAAAUGCCCUGCCUGGGCCGGCACCAGUACCUGAACUGAGCAGCCCCCAGGCCUCCUGGCAGGGCAACAGCAGGCCCUCCUGCCCACGGCUGCAGUCCAGACCCUCCCCUGCACAACCGGAGAAGCAGGUUGGGGGCGAGGGAGGGCCCCUCCCCGAAGAGCUUCCCGGCUCUGUGGCUGCUGCCGUCCACCUUCACUGCUCCCGCGGGCGGGAUGGGGGGUCUGGCUGGGACUGUCCCCUGUGGGGGUGAGUGGGGCACAGCUCCUGGACAGUCUGCUCGGAGUGUCCCCGUGGGCCCUGUUUCUGAGCCGGGGGGCGCGUCACCAUUUGUGGAGGGUGGGGGCACCUGGGCCAGCCUUCUCCGCCAUCCAGGGAGGAAGUCGGUGCGGUGGAGGGACCCCGGCCCCCUUCCACCCCGCUUGGAUCGCCUCUGACGGUCAGGAAUGCUGGGCCUUACCUCCCAAGACAGCAUGUUUCCCUCUCAUUCCACGAGGGGCAGUGCCAGCCCAGGAGGAGAGGCAGCUGCUCCGGAGGGUCCAGGAGGCUGUGGGCAGAAGGUGCGGUUGCAGGGGCCUGGGCAGGAGUAUUGGGGUCCCGGGGCCCCCGCCCUGGGCCAGGCGGCGGGCCAGGGGCAGCCUUCCUUCCAGUUGUCCGUCCAGACCCCAGACAAUCCCCCACGGGAUGAGUCCCGUGUUAGGGCUCAGGUUCGCUGCCUUGAAUUGCGGUAAAGCCACAGAGUUGCAUCUCAUCCUCCUUGGUGGUGUUUCUCUGACCCCGCUUGUGCCGGGCACACGCUAGCCCGGCCGUCGCCGUGUCGACGAAGACUCGGCUGUUGUGGUGUGGUGGGCAGGGUGGGGCCGUGUUGGGUGGCCAGGAGCGGCAUGUGCGCUGGCCACAGUGCUGAGUCUGCCUCCCCAGCGACGUCUGGAUCCUCCUGCCACAAACGGACGAUCUCCAUUCAUAGUCCAAGUGGAAGAGCGGAUUCCUCCGGGAGUGGGGACCGGGUGGGGAACAGCAGGCUGAGAGCCUCCCAGCAGCGCCCUCCUCCCCACGGCCGGGAGCCCGUGCUUGGCUCAGGAGGGGUCUGCACGGGGGCAGUGGUGCGCAGCCCCUGGGCCCAAAGAGUGGAGCCGGGUCAAGGGCAGACGGUCACAGGGGGCUGGGCCCAAGGGUCCCGCUGGGGGCAGAGAAGUGGAGCUUAUUGAAGUGAACUUGGUGGACCAUGGCUGGGGGUCCCAGUCCCUGAUCUCGUCCAAACUCACCAGCUCUUCCUGUGCCGCCUUGAACAGGGAGCCCGGGGCUGGGUGGUGAGAGCGGGCUCUGUGGACGGGGCCAGCCUGGGCGCUGAGCCACCCUGCCUGACUUAUGCCGCGUCCCAUGAAGCGCGUGGGGGGCUUCCGCCGGGGAGUGUGCACGGAGCUUGGGUUUGGAAGACUCAGGGUGACGCCGUCUAUGUGAUGAAGAGUCCCCUGGCAUUGCUUUUCCGCACCCACGUGCUCGCAGACGUGCGGCCCUUCCUGGGUGAGGUCCCUGGGCCAACCUGCCUGCCCAGUGACCCCAGCUUCCUGUCCAAGCACCUUGGCAGGCAAUGCCCUCCUCGUCACCCCGGCCUCCAGGUGCUGGGCAUCUCAUGCUGCUCCCAGGCCGCCUCUGCCCUCACUCGGUGUGGAGGCCUCGCCCACGGGCCUUGACAGCAGUCUCCACACUCGUUCUCUCCCACGUUCAUCCCCGUCGGGGCUCCAGGCACCACUGUCCACUCACCUCUCCUGUGAGUGUAACAAGCACAUGACCCCAAACUUACUGUCACGUUGUCCCCUGCAGUCUGCCCGGAGCAGUGGACACAGUUCUGUUCUGUCUUGGGAACUCGUGGCUGUACUUGCACCUCACGUCCAGCCCAUCAGCAAAUUCCUGACCCGUGUCCAGAGCCCGCCCGCUGCCCUCUCGUCAGGGCUGCGCCUCGUCCGACUCACCGUUGUCUCGGGCCACCUGCCCGUGUCCUGUUUGUUGGCAAUACAGGAAGCGAGCGCUUCUUCUAAAAGGCCGGUUAGACUGGGUCCGUCCUCUGCUGCAAACCCUCCGACAGCCUCUGUUUCACUCCCUAGCUGCAAGCUUCGCCCUGGUUCUGGAGCAGAGUGUCUGUGCCCCCUGCU